AUGGCAAACAGCACCACACAGAACACCACCAUAGCAAACACACAUAAAGACCUGACAGGGAUUCCACGCGUUGUGGGGGGAUUUGGUGUUUCCAGACGACACUCAUACAAACAACAACACAACAAUGACCCAUGUGCCCACUGCUGCAAAAGGUGCACGCAGACACAUACCUCUCUCAUAACCGUGAAGCGGCACCCACAACAGCGACUCCACAUCCCAGACUCCCACUCAGCCUGCAUAAGUGUACGCGUGGAAGGCCCUAACGACCACUCCCCGCAGCAAAGCAGCAACGCAUGCCCCCAUACACCUGGGCAACCGCAGGUGCACAGAAGAGUAAUAGAAGGCGUAGAAAAGCAACAAAGAGACAAAUAA